UGUGGGUGCCGCCAUGGGGCCGGGCCGGCGGUCCCGGGGCUGGGCCCUCGGCGCCGCGGGGGAGCGGCCCCACGGGUGCGAGCAGUGCGGGAAGGCGUUCGCGCAGGCCAGCGCGCUGGCCAAGCACCGCCGUGUGCACACCGGGGAGAAGCCGUACCGCUGCUCGGUGUGCGCCAAAGCGUUCGCCCUCUCCUCGGGGCUGGUCCUCCACAAGCGCACGCACACCGGGGAGCGGCCGCACGGCUGCGCGCUCUGCGGCAAGGCGUUCAUCUCCUCCUCGCACCUCGCCCUGCACCUCCGCUCCCACACGGGCGAGCGCAAGUACGGGUGUCCCGCCUGCGGGAAGCUGUUCCUGCAGUCGUCCCACUUGGCGCGCCACAAAGCCAUCCACACCGGGGAGAGACGCUUCAAGUGCCAGGACUGCGGCAAGCUCUUCGGGCGCGCCUCGCACCUCGCCACGCACCGCCGGGUGCACACGGGCGAGCGGCCCUUCCAGUGCCCGCAGUGCGAGAAGGCUUUCACGCAGAAAGCUGGGCUGGUGCUCCACGUCCGCCUGCACACCGGGGAGCGGCCCUUCCAGUGUAACAAGUGCGGGAAGAACUUCCGCUCCUCCGCGCACCUCGUGUCGCACCAGCUCCUCGAGUCGGGCGAGAGGAACUUCGGGUGCUCCGCCUGCGGGAAGGCUUUCAAGCAGGCGGCGUCCCUCAAGCAGCACCUGAAGACGCACGAGGCGCGCGAGCCUCACCACUGCUCGGUCUGCAGCAGAGCCUUCUCCAGGUCCUCGUACCUCCAGCUCCACAUGAGGACGCACAGCGGGGAGCGGCCCUACCACUGUUUGCUUUGCAACCGGGCAUAUGCCAGGAUUUCUGCCUUUGAAAAACACUGUAAAAAGCACCAGCAGGAUGAGGAGAGGCCUGACGUUAGACCGAGGUCGAUGGCCACCAAGGCAAAAGCACUGGGUGAUAAUAAAAAGCAGGAGCAGAAACAGCAGCACCGAGAUGACGGCGCUGAGCAAGCUCACCAGGCUGACCCAAAGCAGGAGGUGGAAAGGCUGUAAAAUCACUGAAAAAAGACCUGUUCUUGGCCCUCCACAACAUGGCUCACAGGAGGUAGUGUCUGGUUUACUUCUUAUCAAAAGAAAAGGACGUGCUGCACCAGCGCAUGUUUCCAAGUGGAAUUCUUUCUAUGGUGCGAGGUUCAACGCAAACACAUCUGUGGAGCGCAGCAGAUGCAUAGGAGGCUGCUCAGGCUCCCUGCAGUCGUGUGCAGAACCCUCCGUGGUUACAGGGUGGUUCCAGCCUGUUCACAAGCCCCAGUGGUGGUGGUUCGUGUCAGCAACAUUUUCUGACACAGACUUCCAGGGGUUCCUGACCAAAGCACCUGCUUUAACUCACAUUGAAAGGGGGAUGCUUCUUUGCGUGCAGAAAUAAAUGAAGUUGUGAUCUCUCAAAUGAAGGCAGAGGUUUUGGAAGAGACAAGAGACAUGGCACAGAAAACAGAUUUGUACCAAGAGUGGAUUUAGGAAACAAGCAGGAAUUUAUCCUGCAAAACGUGGUUUGUUUCUAAAAGCACGGUACAUGGUGAGAAGAUGGCAUCUUUGAGCCUUUUUUGGUUUUCUCACUCUUAAUUACAACAAGAUGUUGUACUUAGCACCCAGAUAGUGCUGUCCAUGAAGUGCUUUUAAAGCACGGUGGGUUUUAUUGCCAGAGCACCUGUACUCACCUUUCUCAAAACUCAUGAAGAAAGGUGCCAAAAAUCUGUCAUUCAUCUUAAAUGGAAUGAGUUUGACAUUUGAAAUCCCAGCUUGUAGUAAAGGUGCAAAAAUUUAUUUAUUUACUUCUUUAUACCUGAUCUUUUGGGAAUGUGAAAUGUAGUAACAAGGGAAUUCUGAGCCCUUCACUGUCACCGUGCUGAGGGAAUGAGGCAAGAUGCCACAAAAGGGUUGCUGUCCAAGUGGAAUGUUUCGGAUUUAUUCUAGGGCGUGAGAUUGGGCUCUGUUGAGUACUAAGUGACUUUGCAAACAUUACCAAAACUGCUGUUAUUGCAGCCAGUGUUCCUUGUGAGCCAGCACUUUGUACUGGCUUUUUGUAAGCUCCGUACAGUAGCAACACUACUCUGAGGCUACUUUACGCCUUUAUUUAUUGCUUGUUGUUACCCGGGAAAUAGCAGGAAAAAAGGAAGCACUGGGUGAGUUCAUUUGAAGUGCACAUUCCUAAUUGUCUGUUCCAUGUCCCCGAUUCUCUGUACCAAGUCCCUGAUUAUUUUAAUGCUCUUUCCCUGCCUUUGUGUGAAAACAUGUAUUACGCACUUUAAGGCUCUUUUUGAGAGGCUUCUGGGUUUGGUUUCUAGAGCACAUUUACAACUCUGUUUUAAGGCCAAAAAAUGAAUUUUCUGAAAGCUUGCACAUAUAAAGUGUUGCAGUGUAUCAGGCCAGAAACCAUGUCAGUAGAUGACAGAGCUGAGUUACAUCUAAGAACUGAUUUACAGCUAACACAACUGCAUUAGGUAAUUCUCUUAAGUUUUUGCACUUCAGGAUUUACUCGAUGCUGGUAUACUAAGGUAUAACUGUUAUUGUUGAACUGGUGUUUCUGUUCAGCUGGUGAAUAUACUUUAGAUAUUUCCAUGGUCAGGCAUUUCAGAUGAGAUGUUUCUAAGGCGGAGUUUCUUGUCAUGACAAAUUCUAAUGUAAAGUUUUGCUACAGUCUUUAAAUUCUCUUUGGUGAUCAGUUGUGUUGUUUAGGAGGAACUGGCCACACUGGGGUUUAUCUCCAGUUCAGUUAUGCCAGUGCCAUAUAUAAGCAGAUUUCUAUCUUUUUAUUUCAAUACAUGUUAUUAAAAUAAUAUACACCA